UUGUUGUUGUUGUAUAUGGUGCUGCUGGGCCUUGUUGGUGCGCCGUGGGAGGGGAGCAUAAUGCCGUAAUAGAGCCAACGCGAAUAAACGGCACUAAUCCCGGUCUGGGGGACGCGUGUUAUUUAGCUAAGCAACGUCACGUCUCCUUUUACUCUGUACUCUGUACAAUGAACGGAGUAUACGGAUCACUGACCUAUGAUAAAGACACACAUUGGCGAAGUAAAAAGAGCCCUGAAUACCAGCCAUACAACAGGAAUAAACACCAUCGCCUCAUUCCUCACCUUCCUCAAUGGAUAGUCAGGAUUCGCCCAGCAGCGUACCCUUUAUACCGCCAUCAAUACACGCUUCUACCCUCCUAGCUGGAGAUUCAUACACACAUUACUCACCGUGUCCGCCAGUCAUAACCCCGUCAACAACACCCUUAACAUCCUCAAAAGACUCAAUUGAACCAACCCCAUGCGUUCUCGGUGUUGACGAAGCUGGCAGGGGCCCCGUUCUGGGCCCCAUGGUUUACAGCGCAUUCUACCUCCCACUAUCACUCCACCACUCCCUAUUAGCAGAAGAGCAUCACUUCGAUGAUAGCAAAGUGCUCACUCCCGCCGUCCGAUCAAACCUCAUGCACCUCCUCUGUAGCCCCGACAACUCUUUGAGCACAUCCUGCGGCUGGGGGGUCAAGGUGAUGUCAGCACGAGACAUAUCUGCAGGCAUGCUUCGACCUCGCACAAGAAACUAUAAUCUCAACGCACAGGCCAUGGAUGCAACAACAGAGCUUAUUCGCUGUAUUGUCGAGGAGAAGGGAGUUAACGUGAGAGAGGUAUAUAUCGACACUAUUGGGAAUCCAGAAACAUACCAAAGGAAGUUGGAGCGGGUAUUCCCCUCGCUAAAGAUUACGGUGGCCAAGAAGGCGGAUUCGCUGUAUCCCUCUGUCAGUGCAGCGAGUAUCUGCGCAAAAGUUACGAGGGACGUGGCGUUGGAGAUAUGUUAUGAGGCUCUGUUGAAACAGCGGGAUACCGUGAAGCAAGACAGCGCGACUGAGGGCUGGGGUAGCGGCUAUCCUUCUGAUUCCAAAUGUGUUUCAUGGCUCAAGAAUGAUAUGGAUACAUUAUUUGGAUGGGGGUAUGAAUGUCGAUUUAGUUGGGGGACUGCGAGGGAACUACUCGAAUCAAAAACAGGGGUCAGAGUGGACUGGCCUGUUGAGGAAGACGAGGAGGCGCAACGGUUAACUAAUUUCUUUUCAAUUUCGGCAACUAGGGCUGGGAAUAAUGAGGAAAAUGACGAGUUACGAGAUUGGUACGGCCAAAGGCCUCAGGAGAUAUUUUGAAAACGCUCAAAAAAUUUGAUAUCCCAUUAAUACUCUAUUAUCGCUUUAAAAUGGCGAUAUAAUGACAAAUUAUAACGGAGGAACCCUUUUAGGUUUGCCUCUCCAUUAAAACGAAAAAGAAAUGAUGCAUCCCGCACAUUGUAAUGCUCCCCUAUAAUACACACGUAGCCCGUUCUCUAUAAUAAACCAAAACAAAAGGGGAAUUGCCAUAAACUAGGAAGUUGAAACCUCAGACUCUUGAAUAACAAAGGGAAAGAUUCUCGGAUCAGAGAGUGGCUGUUGGGAAGUAAUAAGUAUCCCAGAGAUAUUGGUAGUCUUCCACAAUACCUCCGAUCAAUCCAAUUAAUGGCUUGCCUUCUAGUCUCUUAGCGAAACUUUGCAGCCAAACCCUACGCACACAAUAUGGUUAGCAUCCGUAAAC